AAUCUCUCUCUCUUGCGUCCUCUCUCUCUCUCUCUCCAUAAAGUCCAAACCCUUGCUCUCUGACUUCACAAUUCCGGCUACAAUUUCUGUCUGAACCGACAGAUCCAUACCUCUGAUCCACUCUGAAUCCAUUUCUUCUGCAAUGCCAUUGUUGCUGCCGACUCACCGCUCGGAGAUCUCCGGAAACGGUUUCUGAUCAGAGUUUACUCCUCGCAGAGACUGCCGCUUUACGCUUUCAAUGGGUACCGUGCCUUCCACUCCUCGCUGGAGCAGUGCGCGGCCAGUCGACACCGCCGAGUACCUAAUUGGCACCUUCGUCGGCGAGAAAUCAUUCCCUCUCACUUCCGAUUUCUGGCAGAAGCUUCUCGAGCUUCCUCUCAGUCUUCAAUGGCCGAGCCACCGUGUUCGUCAAGCUUGCGAGCUUUUUGCACAGAACAACUAUUACACAAGGCAUCUUGCAAAGAUUUUGAUUCACUUGGGACAAUGUUUGCAAGAGUGUAUUUCAACUUCUGGUGUGCCAUCCACAGUUUAUACAAAGGCUGUUAAUGCAGUAUACAUCUCAUCUGUUUUCCUGAAGUACUUAAUUGAAAAUGCCAAGAGUGAAAACAUUGAGGAAUUGCACUUGUCAUUAGACGAAAGUGAAGUUAUACAAAACAAUUUUCCUGCUGAUCAAAAUAUUGAAAACUUUGUUAUGCACGGUGUGCUUAGUUUUAUUGGCACCUUAGAUGUAAAUCCUGAGACACACCUCCUACAUCAUGAGCUACUUAACUUCAUGCUCAUCGUGAUGUCAACUCAGCUUCUUUCUGGGCCAUCUCCAGGACCAAAAGAUGUGAACCCAUUCAUUGAUGCGGCAAUGGCUCAGGAAAGUUCUUUGGUUGGUUUGGUUGUUCGCAGACUGCUAAUUAAUUAUAUUAACCGGCCUCGCAUUCCCUUAAAUGAUGUUUCUUAUUCCAUAUUCUCUGAAGGGAGUCAACCUGGUGUUCUACAGAGAGUUGGUUCGGCAGCUGCAAACUUUGUGCUAUUGCCAUUCAAUUACCUUGUCAGUUCAGGUGGUGAAGGUCCAAGAAGUCCAUUGGCAGACAGCAGUCUCCAAGUGUUACUUAUUCUCAUCCAUUAUCGUAAAUGUAUUCUGGUAGAUGAGUCCAUAGCAGAUAGAAAAUCAGGCAGUGCCACUUCAGAUUCUCUUUCAAAGGAGAAUACAUAUUUUUCUGAGAACCCUUACUGCAAGGCCUUGGAAAAUGCUAGGGAUAUUGAAUUUGAUCGUGUGGAUAUUGAGGGGAAUGCACACAGUGGUCCACUCGUGAGAUUACCUUUUGCUUCGUUGUUUGACACUCUUGGCAUGUUCUUGGCUGAUGAGACUGCCAUCCUACUGCUUUACUCACUGGUGCAUGGAAACUCCGACUUCCUGGAGUAUGUUUUGGUGCGAACUGAUUUGGACACAUUGUUGAUGCCCAUUUUGGAGACCUUGUAUAAUGCGUCAAGGAGGACAUCUAAUCAAAUCUACAUGUUGUUGAUUAUCCUUCUCAUACUUAGUCAGGAUUCCUCUUUCAAUGCCAGUAUUCACAAGCUGAUACUUCCUAGUGUUCCAUGGUACAAAGAACGCCUCCUUCACCAGACCUCUCUUGGUUCUCUGAUGGUCAUAAUUCUCAUUAGGACUGUGAAAUAUAACCUAUCUAAGCUGCGGGAUGUUUAUCUUCAUACAAACUGUCUCGCAACUUUGGCGAACAUGGCUCCUCAUGCCCACCGUUUAAGUGCCUAUGCAUCACAGAGGCUGGUUAGCCUUUUUGAUAUGCUCUCACGCAAGUAUAAUAAGUUAGCAGAGUUAAUGGAUGAUAAAAUGCAUAUAGACAAAGCCAACUCACCAGAAGGGGACAGCAUCGCAGAAGAUGUGUCAACAGAAUUGCAUAUAUACACCGACUUCCUGAGAAUUGUCCUCGAAAUACUGAACGCAAUCCUAACUUAUGCCCUGCCUCGAAAUCCUGAGGUUGUAUACGCGAUAAUGCACAGACAGGAGGUCUUUCAGCCUUUCAAGAAUCAUCCACGAUUCAAUGAGCUGCUUGAAAAUAUCUACACUGUAUUAGAUUUUUUCAAUAGUCGCAUGGAUGCCCAAGGAAUGAAUGGUGGAUGGUCAGUUGAGAAAGUUCUCCAAGUCAUAAUCAUCAACUGCAGAUCUUGGCGGGGUGAAGGGAUGAAGAUGUUUACACAAUUACGCUUCACAUAUGAACAAGAGAGCCAUCCAGAGGAGUUCUUUAUCCCCUAUGUGUGGCAGCUAGUUCUAUCCCGCUGUGGAUUCAGCUUUAAUGCCAGUACCAUAAACUUGUUCCCAGUUGAUCAGCCUAUAGAUAAACAGAAUGUUGACUCUGAAGGGGAAUUGAAUAAGCCUCAAAAUGGUGAGUUGAUUGCUGAGCUGGUUCAAUAAUAUACUCCAACAGAAGUUCCAAGUUUUAGUGAGAUGUAAAUACAUGAAAUAGUAGGAAAAUGUAUUCUUCUCAUUCUUUCUUGUUUAUAUGCUUGAGACGUUGUAGAGAGGCCUUUUCAUAUAAAUGAAUGUGAGAUCCACCUAUGUAAUGAAUAAAAGAGGUUGCUCAAUUGCGUUAGCAAAUAGUAGUUCUUAAAAAAGGUUGAACCUUCUUUUUCAUGUCUAGAAACUGCACCAUUGCCCUGCUAA